UAUCAAAGCAGCACACGACACGUCGUUUUAAACGACCGCCAGCCUCAAGUCAAACGUGUCUGCUCAGCACUUUCCCUUUCUUGAACAUUCUUCUACGCGUCUGCUUACAACACCACCAUCUUCUCCAAAUUAUUAUUCUCUUUUUCGUUUACUCUCUUCAUUUUUGCUUCUAUAGGAGUUGUGGGUUGAUAUAAAAAUUCAUCCUAAUUUCUUUCUCUUCCCCCGUCCACUGCCUGCUGACUUGUUUUGGCCCAAAUUAUAACCAUUGAUUCAGCUUCUUCAAGUUUCUUGAAGUUUUAAUCACUUUGUUUGGGUCAAAGGAGAUUUUUUUUUUUUCAAUCCUUGACUCUGCGGCAAUGGUUCAGAUAAAAGAAUUUCGAAUUGUGAUGCCCUUAUCAUUGGAAGAGUAUCAGAUAGCUCAAAUGUACAUGGUCAUGAAAAUGCAACAACAGAGCACUACAGGUGAUGAAGGGGUAGAGGUUUUACAAAACAAACCAUUUAGUGAUGAUGAAUUUGGAGAGGGCCAAUACACUUCAAAAGUUUACCACUUGCAGAGCAAAGCACCAUCUUGGUUGACUACAUUUGCACCAGCUGAUGCCCUUGUGAUGCAAGAGGAAGCUUGGAAUGCAUACCCUAAAUGUAGAUCAGUUGUUAAGUCCCCAUAUUUUUCGAGAUUCUUUAUGAGCAUUGACACAAUACACAAAGCUGACAAUGGCUGUUCUGAAAAUGUGCAUGGCCUGAGCAAGGAACAACUGGCAGCUAGGCAGGUCGAAGUUAUUGAUAUUGCUUCAACUGCUACUGAUUAUUGGAGUUACAUAGUGGGACGGAACGAUGUUGAUUUAUCUAAUUUCCGAUCAGCAAGAAGCGGCCGUGGCCCACUCUUGGAAGGCUGGCAGGACCAUUGCAGUCCCAUUAUGACAGCUUACAAACUGGUGAUUAUAGAUGCUCCAUACUGGGGCUUUGGGAGCAGAUUGGAACAAGCUUUGCUAGCGGGUGAAAGGGCUCUGUUCCUGGAAAGUCAUCGUAAUUGCUUUGCCUGGAUUGACGAAUGGUUUGGGUUGAAAGUGGAGGUGUUGCGCGAGUUAGAGCAACAAAGUGAUUAUUCAUUGAAUAUGAAACUUGGCCGGCCUUGUUCGGCUGAGAAGAGUUGGAUGACACAAGAGGAAUCUCCACUUGAAGGCGAAAAGUCUGCUGCAUGAAUGUGCAAUUCACAGCUGCUGUUGGUUUUGUUUUUAGAUUUCAUAUCCAUGUUAUGUGUUGUAGAUAAAAAUAUCAUUGGCGUCCCUUAGGCUUUACAUUGUAGUUUCUGGUGACUGAUAGGUCUGCUGUCCGCGACUACUUGGUAAGGCAGGGACAAGUGCUAAAAUUAGGCAUAACCAGUAAAGUUUUAUUUUCUGAUGUUUUCAUUCUUUAGGGGGUAAGAUUAGGUAAUAAUGUAGUUAUGUCGAACCGGAGACAUUUUAGUGAAUACAGUUUAGCUUCUUGAUCUUAAAACUGUAAAGUGUAUAUUAUAUAGUUCAAAAGAAUUAAUUGAAUUUUGCUGAAACAUUUCUUGGAGUCA